AUAUACCUAUUGGUAAACAAAACAAUGGCGGCCAUGUCGCCUGGAAACCUGGUUGGAUGACGGAACUAUUUUCGUCACGCCUCUUUGGAACUCAAUGGCAUAGAAGACGCGGCUUUCUUCUUAUUCAGAUCAUUUCAUAACGAUGUGUCUCCUAUAGCCACCGGAGACCAUACACUGGCGAUUCUUCUUGGAGAAUCUGACGCUUCGCCGUGCGGUUUCCCUUUUGAGUGGGCAGGAAUGGAGGCGGCGCCACUGUAGAUGUUCUUGGUCUGGGGAUAUGCGGAGAGUGGUUGAUUGAUAGGCUGCUUUAUGAUCGUUGUCCGUUAGGUUUCAAAUCCAAGCCUACUUCUCUCGGAAACGAAAAUUGAAGCUCGGUCACAACAUUGUCAUGCUCCUCAAGGUCUGCUCGACAUAGAAUAGUUUGACCAUAUUGAAGAGGUAAUUCUGAGCAACUGGACCUCGUGAUUUUGAAAAGGGGUCCACCUUGACCGUUAUUCGACACCUCACAUGUAAAAAGUGAGCCGGUAAGCUUUUCAUGCCAACAAGACUUAUAUUUUUCCAUGCCAACAAGACUUAUAAUUGAUGGUAAACAAACAUCUUCCAAAAUGAACAUAAUUGACAAAAACCUAAUGUGACAGCAGAAAAAUGAACAUACCUCAAUCUUAUGUGUAAUCAAUCUGAUAUCUAAAUGAAUCUGGCCCUAAAACGAUUGUAACAAAACCAUUCAUUUGAAGUGCAAUCAAAAUUAUAAUUGGGGAAUUGGUUUAUUUCUUUAAAUAUGCAACUACUAAUUCAAAUUUUCAAUCUAACAAAAGAAGAUUAUUUGGGAUUUCACAUUACUAAUGAAGCAAUUUUGAGAUCAUAACAGUUAGAUGUUUUUGGUAAAUGGAUAUGCAUAGAAGGCACAAUCAUAUCAAAGAUUUGGCUACUUGCAAUGGCAAUUGAAGGCUUCUCUUGACAGGAAUGGGGAAAAAUGUAAUGAAGAAAUUAACGGUCUAUAAAAUGCAUCUAUUUAAUAGGAGGAUUUCAAGUCAAAGUCUGAAACCCUAAGAGCCCUAAAAGCCCUAAAUCUGAGAGAUAGGCAGCAAAUCCUAAUAGAGGAGAUCGAAGGUUAGAAGGUUCCGCUUCAUUCGCAUAUCAGAUUGAUGGAACACGAGAUCAAUGUUCAACUUCCGGUACAAUUUGAAGACUUUUAUAUACUCUCAUUUGGGAAAAUCAUUGCAAGCCCAUUAUACUACGGUGCCAAUUAUAUUUGGCCAAUCGGGUAUAAAUCCUGUUGGCAUGAAAAGCUUACCGGCUCACUUUUUACAUGUGAGGUGUCGAAUAACGGUCAAGGUGGACCCCUUUUCAAAAUCACAAGGUCGAGUUGUUCAGAAUUACCUCUUCAAUAUGGUCAAACUAUCCUAUGUCGAGCAGACCUUGAGGAGCAUGACAAUGUUGUGACCGAGCUGACCGAGAUAGAUCAGGACAUUGGUGAUGAGAUAAUGUAUGAAGAUGUAAUCGGUGACCAAUAUUUUGAAGGGUCGUCACUAUCUUCAACAUGGGAGUUAUUACUGAAAAUGAUUGUUGAUGUUCACGAAGAAAUUAUCAACCGGAACGGUGGCCUACAGUGUUACUGUAGGCAUGCGGAAGAUUUAAGCUUCUUGUCAUCUGUUCAUUUUACACAGGAGGUUAGCAUAGAUCUGGAGAACUUUUUACAUUCGCAACAAUGUGUCAGUGUGCCGACUGUCGUUCAUGGUGACAAGGAGACUCGUGAGUUUUCAAAAUCAUUGAUAAAUUGGCUGAGAGGGUAUCGAUUCGGAUUAGACAUUGAGUUUGUUCAAGAAUUUAUAGAACAACUUCCAGGAGUAGAAGCCUGUUCAGGAUAUAUAAUAUGCAAAGAUCGUUUACGUGAUUCAUCUUCAACAAUUUCAAAUAAAAAAAUUAAAAUAAAGGACGUGGAGCCUUUUCCUGUUGGGAGUCUCAUUUCCUCAAGGCUGUCUUCUAAUGCAACAGGCGACCUUCUUCAGGUAUAUGAGUUCUUAUGCCGUUUUAAAGAAGUUCUCGAAGUGGAAGAAGAUUGUUUAUCAUAUGAAGAUCUUGAAAACGAGCUUCAUCUUACCCCAUGGCCAGUUACAUAUGGAUACGGGGCAGGGGCAUUUCUGGAAACAGUAGAAAUGAAUUGUGUUAAAAAUAAGGUUGACAAGUUGACUACUGUCCACAUGGCACUGCUACCUUGGCUAGUGAGCAAGCUCCUGCGAAAAAUAACUAAGGCCUUUAAAGUAACCGGUGAUGCUAAAGAUACAGAGAAGGACAAGGAUAAAAAAGUAAAUUUAGAAAUGUUUCCGAUUAAUCCGCUGACGUGGCCAGAAGUGGCUAGAAGAUAUAUCUUGGCUUGCUUGUUAAUGGGAUCUAAGAACACUGCUGUUGGUAAUAAGACGAAGCUCAUUCGCUGUCUGCAAGGUGAUGAUGCUAUUUUCUCUGGAUCGCCAGCUGGCGUUGCUGGCUCUGAUGUGGACGCACAGUUGCUUGGAAGAGCUGUAGAGAAAGUGUUUGGCAAACGGAAAAGAGAAAGGAGUAUUUUACCUUCAGGGACUAAAGUCGACAAUUUGGAAAACUACAGGUUUGAAACAGAUUUUAGUAUUCCAGAGUGGGCGAAAGUGCUUGAUCCAGUAAGAAAGCUGCCUACAAAUGUGGGGUCCCGAAUUCGGAAUUGUGUGCGUGAGUCUUUAAAGAAAAACCCACCUGAAUGGGCAAAGAAGCUUCUAGAAGCUUCCAUUUCAAAAGACGUGUACAAGGGCAAUGCAUCUGGGCCCACUAAGAAAGCCGUAAUCGAUGUUUUAAAAAGAGUAUCGGAUGGCCUGCAAACAGCAUCGCCACCUGGCAUGGGAAUUGAAGACAUCAAAACCUCCAAGAUGUUGUCAAAUACAGUGAUGAAAAAGUGUCAUGUGGUAUUACGCCAGGUGGCAGAAGCUUAUGAUAAGAAGGAAAAGGUUCUUGUUGAUAAAAAGAAAAAGGGUCUUUUUAAUCUUGUUGGAAGAGACUUAAAUUGUAAUGAUAAUUAUUUAAAAAUUGUUUUUGGAUCUGUGUCGAUGCGUCCUAUUGAUUUAAGAACCAUUGAUUUGAGAUUGUUUCAUGGGGCAUAUGGUGCUUCACAUGAAGCAUUUCUUGAGGAUGUUAAGGAGGUGUGGAUUAACUUACGCCGGAAAUUUAAAUUGGUGGAUAAAAUGUCACGUGAUUUUAAAUUGCGAUAUGAAAAGGAGGUAGGGACUCUGUUUAGGAGAUUUUAUGAAGAUAACAUGAACAGAAAACCUGUUGAGGAAAUAGAGAAGGAGCUUGAAGAGAUUCUAACUUCAACUGAAAUACCCGAAGCACCCUGGGAAACAAGAAUCUGCAAUGUAUGUGGGAUUAAUAAAGAUGAUGGAAAAGUACUUAUUUGUGAUAGGUGUGAAGCAUACUAUCACACAUACUGUUUGACUCCCCCUCUUUCUCAAAUCCCAAAAGGCAACUGGUUUUGUCCCAUUUGUGUGCCACCUCAGCAGGACAACGAAGCAGAAGGUCUUGAAAAUAUUUUACAAUUUGUUGAUAAAAAUUGUGAAGAAAAUAUUAAGCUUUUGGAUAUAGCCACUGCCUUGAAGGAAAAAGAGUAUUGGGAAUUAGAUGCAGAUAAGAAAACCUUCUUGCUCAAGUUUCUAUGCGAUGAGUUAUUGAAAACCAGUCUUAUCCGUACGAAUGUGAAAGAGCCAGUUGUGAAUGUGAUGCAACAAAAAAAUUCCCUAAACGAAACGUCAACGAAUUUGAAAGAGCCAGAUGUUAAUCAUGAAGAGCUCUCUUUACGAAAGGAAUUUUUAGGCAUUGAUUCUGAGAACAGAUUCUAUUGGGGAUUCCAAAACACAAACACAAGCACACAUCACGGAAUUGUCGUCAACGAUACCGGAAUGUGUGAUUCCGAUUCCCGUGCAUGGUGUUUAUUCCAAUCCGACGAACAAAUCAAGAGUCUCAUCAACUACCUUAAACGAAACGAUCCGAAUAGAAGAGAAUUGAGAAAUUCGAUCUCAAAGUGGCAAAAGUCAAUCACAAAACAUGGUCAACAAACGGGAGCAAAUUCUGUCAAGGACGAAACGGUCUUUUCGUAUAACUACGGACUUGCUACAAAGGCAAGUGAGUUGCUGGAGGCGAAAUACAAUACAGAUCCAGAUUCAGUGAAGAAACCAAGAAGAAAGAACAUGGCAAAAUGGCAUAGGUGUGAAUGUUUGGAACCCGUUUUGCCAUGUAGAUACCACUGUGUUAAAUGCCAUGAAACCUUUUUCACAAAUGUUGAAUUUGAACAACAUAAGAACAAGUGUGAUUGUGGUGUGGAAUUGGAUUUGUUGAAUCGACCGGGACCCGGUCGACUCAGCCUUGGUUGUGAUUCAUUAAGAUGGUUGAAGAUGAAUCUGUUGGACAUGGAAGCUGCACUUCCCGAUGAAGCAAAAAGAGGGUCUAGGGCAAGUUCUGAAUUGAGGUCUGAAUGGUGUGCAUUUGUUAAAUCAGCUAAUACCGUAUAUGAGAUGGUUGAAGCAACUAUGAUAUUGGAAACCAUGAUCAAGACAGAUUAUAUCAACAACACAUGGUGGUGGUACUGGUCAUCAAUGGCCGCUGCUGCCAAGACAUCCACCAUCUCUGCCCUUGCUCUUCGUAUCUACACACUCGAUGCCGUCAUCGGCUACCAGAAAACCACCAUCACUGCCACCUCUUCCAGCCUAAAACUAUCAAAGAAACGGAAACACCCCUGUGACAAACCCAUGGAACAAAGAAAGAAACCAAAGAAGCUACAAGAUAAACAAGAAAGCAAGGAGCAAAUCCAAAACAUCAUUUCAUAAUCUGAAUGUUUAGCCUGUGUUUUAGUUGUUAGUUGGAGUUUGUUGAUUAAUGUUGAUUUUAAUGAUGAUUAAUGUUGACCGAGUUAUUAGCUUGACUAUGAAUGGGUAACAGUCGACAGUUUUCCAUGA